AUGCGAUCAUUCAUCAAGGCACAUCGAAAGUCAAGUUCUCUAGGAAGAAGUAAAACAAAUGAAACAGUAACAAAUAGUAAUACGUCCCAAUAUUCAACAAAACCAUCACUCACUAAUAAUGAUACUGUCAACACAACAAAAGUAUCUUAUGAUAGAAGAGCCUCCGAUAUAAUUCCAAGAAUCUCUUUAAAUGGGGGAGAAAGUGAAAAUGAGACUUUGGAUUUUGUCCCUACAACACCACACAAAUCGAAUAGUAGUCAAGAACAAGGUUCUCCUUCCAUUUCAUCCCCAAAUUUUGAAUCAUUUCAUAAACUUGCAUCAAAAACUAAAUUGACCUCAAAGCUAUUUAAUAAAAAUUCAACAGCAAGCAUACCACAAGGUCUACAACAACAAGAACAACCAUUUAUGACAAGUAAUAGUACAUCGGCAUCGUCUUCUCCAACGAGAAAGGCUAAAGGUACGUUCGAAGUAUUACCAACCAUCAAGGGAACAAUUACUCAUUCUUGGGGUGAUCAUCAUAGCUCUUCGCCAAUUAUUAAUUUGAAUAAUUCAUUUGAUAACCAAGAUCCUGUUAACGAAAGACGAAUUUCUUCAGACUCCUGGGACCCAACUUUUGUAACAUCUCCAACCACUAAUUAUUUUUUCGAAAAAGAACAAGAACAAGAUGAUGAAAACAAAAGUUCGAAUAAGAGCGUACACACCAUCAAGAAAACUGAAACCUAUAAUAUAGAGCUAGACCCAGCCUUUAAAGUAUCAAGACCAAUACAUUUUCCCAAUAAUACUCAUGUUGAAUCAUAUGUAUCAUUGAACGAUUUACACACUAAUGAGACCGUAGAUGUUAAUAGGGUUAUUUUAAAACCUGGCAAGAACCAAAGUGUAGAUACCCUUCAAUCAACCGAUAGUGAACGGUAUGGAAACAUUUCUCGAAACAAAAUUAAAAACAAGAAUCGGAAGAUUAAAAUUCAUUCUAGUGGAGACUUAUUAACGUUACAAAAGGGAAGUAAAAGUUUAGAAACCCCUUCUCUAUCAAUUCCAUCACUUCCAAAAUUUGAGAUACAAGAAUCCACACCUAAAAAAAUUCCUGAAAAUAAUAAUAGUGAUAUAGAGGAUGAUCAUUCUAAAGUAAGUAAAGAUACAAACCACCUCACUUUUGGUAGUGACUCUGACUCCGACGAAUCAAAGUUCUCAUUUGAAUAUUCGACCAUUAAUGGUAGGACAUCAUCGGUUAAAUAUUAUAAAACACCAGGGGAAACCAAUGAAGAAGAAGUAGAACAAGAUCGAGAAAAACCCAGUAUUUACUUAGAUGACUUCUACGCUGAGGAUGGAUUAGAUGAUGACAUGAACUACAUAGACGAGAGUUACGAUCAUAUCAGUGACUAUAACAAUAAUAACGACCUUGGAAUAGAUAGUGUAAAACUUCAAAAUAAACAAACAGGAAAUGUAAAAAAAUAUGAUGAUCUAUUUGAGUUAUCCGAUGAACAAGAUGAACCCAUGGAUGAUGACUAUCCUGAGCAGGAUUCGGUGGUACCUUUACAAAAAGAUAUAAUUGUGGGGUCGCAUAAAUUGAUUAAGCUGGAGGACUCUACCUCAGAUAAUGCAUAUGUUAGGAAUAGUAAUAAUCUUACUGACCUUAAUAAAACAAAAAAAUUAGUCACCAAAUAUAAUGACCUAUUUGACAUUUCUGAUGGAGAACUGAGCUCAAUAAAUUCCCAUGAGAACGAAGUCAUAAAGGAACCAAUAUCUGCGCCUGCCAACAAGAAUGGAAAACCCAAACUUAUCAUGAAAUAUAACGAUCUUUUUGAUCUUUCUGAUAGUGAUGAAGAUAGAUCUAAUCAAAUAUACUCAGAUAAUCUAAGUAAUAGUAUCCCAUAUUAUAAAAAAGAAGAUGAUUUAAAAGAGGGACCUGAAAAAUUAGUUAAUAACCGGUCAAAAUUGAAUAAUUCCAAAUUACCUUUCCUUGCGGUAGAUCUACUGAAUCCACAAAAUCAUAAAUUACCAGUCUUGAAUGAAAACACACAAUUUAUCGACUUUAUGUCUCCACCACGUCUCGAUCAUUUACAUACAUCCUCACCAAAUAAAAGCAAAAUUCCGAAUAUAUUACUAUCUCCGAUGGAUAGUGACACUGGAACCGAAUUAACUGUCGACCUAAGAACUCCAAAAGAGCACCUACUAAAACUUUCACCUGUGUCCCUCACUCCAAACGAGAAUAGUCCCGUUCACUCUCAUCUGCCCCCACCAGCUAGGUCCCAGUCCUUAAAAUUCCACGAUUUAAAUAGUGACAUGGACUCAGAAAUUCCUGGGCUAACCAGUAAUUUAUUUUUUAUUGAUGAGGCAGAAGAGGAUGAAUAUAAUACUAAUUUAAAGAACCAUAAUACUGAAACUACGAAUACUAGCGAAAUUGAAGGUGAGGAGAGUUAUAGUGAUUAUUUGGAUGAAAUCAACACAGUUCCUGAAGAUUUUGAAUUUUCUGAUGGUGACGAGUACCAAUUAGAAACACUUUCUGAAAAACAUUUUAGUAAAGGACUUCCAUUUUCAUCAAGAAAAUCUCCACUAGGAACUAGAGAGUCCUUUAGAAGGACGCAUAGUUACCACAAUAAACCACUGGGUAUAUCAAGGGAAAAUACCCCAAUGAAGAAUACGCUGGAAUUAGAUAAUAAAACAGUGACAUUCUUCAAUUCCUCAUGGGAGGCUGCAAGUAAUAAUAUAGAACCUUCUAGGGAAUCUUCUAUAAAGAGAAGUAUCAACAGCCUUUCACCUAAUCCAAUAAUACAUGAAACUAAUGAAGAAAACACCUCUACAUAUUAUGCACCCUCCCCUUCAUAUGUUAGGAGUAGUACAUAUUCGCUGAGCCCAAUCCAAGAGGCUGCUUCUAAUACUUCUGCACCUGCUUCACCAAAAGUGAAACAACAUAAUACAUAA